CACACACACAUCUGCUCUACUCCGGCAACUGAAUAUCAAGAGGGUAUUGUGUAGCACAAGCUGAAGAAGAUGAUCAUGGGCAAGUCAGGCGUCGCGCUACUUGCGCUGGCCCCAGGGAGCGUGAUGGUCGGGGCGGCGAACCUGAGACAAAACGAGAUGGUCGUUCAGCACGCAACCAGCGCAUCCCCGCCAACUAGGAGUCAUGCGAGCCGUCACCUUUACGACUCUGAUACCUCUAAAUACGAAUACAUCGGGUGUUUCACGGACAGCCAGGAGGACCGCAUCCUGGACGACAUGCUCACCUCGCGUACUGACAUGUCUACUGAGAAAUGCUACGAACAUUGCAUGGAGAUGGGUGCCGAGUACAUGGCGACCCAGUGGGCGCAGGAGUGCUUCUGCUCCAACAAUAAGGACCUCGAGUAUGACCGACAUGGAUCGGGCGCAGAGUGCGACAUGAGCUGCACGGGUGUUGAGGGAGAGACGUGCGGAGGAAACCACGCCUUCGACCUGUACAAGCUUGGAGGUUCCGCGGACAACCCGCCCUCGCCCUCGCCCUCCCCCUCGCCCGACGACAUGGCGGGGCUCCUCGACUUGCACAACGAAGCAAGGUGCGUUCACAGUGCGGACCCUCUCGGAUGGAGCGACCCGGUGACGUCUUCCGCCGCCGAACACGCGGUGAGGCUCACGGACCAAUGCACCUCGAGCCUGUUCCACAGCACUCGGGAACAGCGCUACGGCUACGGCGAGAACCUGUUCGUGUGCUGGGGCACGGACACGUGCUACAACCACGAUUAUGCCAUGGAACACCUAUACGUCGAGGAAGUCCAGUUCGACGAUGUUACCGAUUACAUCGGCCACGCGACUCAGAUCCUGUGGAAGUCUACGAAGAACGUCGGAUGCGUCUUGGCGGGGUGCAGCAACGGCGGAACCCCCUACACGUUCCUCGUGUGCCAGUACGACCCAGCGGGCAACAUGGGCGGCGACGAUGAGUACAGACAGGAAGUGGGGCUACCUGACCCUAACAACUCGUGCUAA